GAUAUCAUUAGGGGAGAUAGCCCCCACUGGUGCGCUCGACCGCUCUUUAAGCUAUGACGGAAGGCCCUACCUAAUAUCUUGUUGCUCUUUAAGCUAUGACGAACGGCCCCCUAGAAGAGGAGGAGAUAAAAGUAUUUAUUACGCUAAACAGCCCACUCGAGCAAUUCGCCAUUAUCCCAUCGAUUCCUGUGAAGAUAGGGAACUCGUAUUCCCCAUUCACAAAUUCCCCUUUGUUCAUGUUGCUAACUACCGGUUUAGUCCCGCUCUCGGUUCAUUCCGCCACUAAGAACGGAGGAAACCUAGAACCAAAUGCUUGGCAAUCAUUGGUAGAGCUUAUUCAUGAUUUCGUGCUGAACCCGGUGAACGAACAAAUAGGCGGUCUUUCUGAAAAUGUGAAGCAAAAGUCUUUCCCCUGCAUCCCGGUCACUUUCACGUUUUUGUCAUUCCGUAAUCCCCAAGGUAUGAUACCAUAUAGCUUCACAGUGACAAGUCAUUUCAUCAUUACUUCGGGUCUCUCUUUUUCGCCCUUUAUUGGAAUUACUCUAGUGGGAUCUCAAAGAAAUGGGCUUCAUCUCUUCAGCUUCUUAUUACCCGCGGGAGUACCACUGCCGUUAGCACCUUUCUCAGUACUCCCUGAGCUAAUCCCUUAUCGUUUCCGCGCAUUAAGCUCAGGAAUACGUUUAUUCGCUAAUAUGAUGGCUGGUCAUAGUUUAGUAAAGAUCUCAAGUGGGUUCGCUCGGACUAUGCUGUGUCUGAAUAACAUAAUGUAUUUCUCAGGAGGUCUUGGUCCUCUAUCAAUCGUUUUCGCACUGACCGGUCCGGAAUUAGGUGUGGCUAUAUCACAAGCUUAUGUCUUUACAAUCUCAAUUUGUAUUCACCCGAAUGACGCUAUAAAUCUUCAUCAACUCCAAUUCAGUAUAGUAAUGGGCCUCAAGCUCCUUUCUUUCUAG